AUGAGAUUCACUUUAUUAGCCCUGUUGCCCUUGGCACUUGCUAACCCUCUCAACAAGCGCUCGACCGCAUGCAACAAUUCCCCUGACUUGUGCUCCAAGUCCUACGGCGAGAUCACUCACCUGGGCGCCCACGACAGUCCCUUUGUGCGCGACUCCAGCACGAGCAAUUCUAUCGCAGGCGACCAAUACUAUGAUACCCCCACACAACUGGACGCCGGCGUCCGGAUGGUCACAGGCCAAGUACACAAGAGCAACUCGGAAUGGCGCCUAUGCCACACAAGUUGCGAUCUGCUAGAUGCAGGCCUUCUGAGUGCCUGGCUGGGCGACAUCAAGUCCUGGCUCGACGACAACCCCAAUGAAGUCGUCACCGUGCUCCUAGUCAACUCAGACAGCGCAUCGGCCUCCGACCUGAACACCGAGUUCGAGACAGCAAACAUCACCGACUACGCCUACCAGCCGGACUCAUUGACCUCGGCCCCGUCCUCAUGGCCAACCCUCGAAACGAUGAUCAACAACAGCACCCGCCUCGUCGUUUUCGUCGCCUCCCUCACAACCGACGACAGUUACCCAUACCUCAUGGAUGAGUGGAACUUUGUCUGGGAGAACCCCUACGAGGUAACCGCCGCCUCCAACUUCUCCUGCGUCCCCGAUCGUCCCUCCUCCGUCUCCGGGGAUACUUCGACCGCUCUCUCCUCCAACAUGCUCCCCCUGAUGAACCACUUCCUGUAUUCCUCCGAUCUCUCAUCCCUGGGCAUCGAAUACCCGAACGCCAGCUACGUCGCGACCACGAACGCUGCGUCCGGUGGCACCGGUAACCUCGGCAGCACAGCGACGCGGUGCAAGUCCGCCUGGAGCGGCCGCCAACCUACAUUCAUCCUGGUAGAUUUCUUCAACCGGGGUCCUGCAAUCGACACAGUUGACAACCUGAACAAUGUCACCAAUGCCGUCGGCCGCACAUCACUCACCACCUCCGCAGCAGGCUCCUCCAGCGACGGGACCACAAUCAACAACGUCUUUAAGGGCCUGGUCGAGCUCGCCGAAGCCGCGGCAGCUGGAUCCACCCCGACAAUGGGCAACUGGAUCUGGGUCGGUGGAAACUGGGGUAGUGUGCUCGGAGGCGGAAUCUCCCUUUAA